AUGAAUAAUGCGAAACAUAUUCUUCGUUGGAGAAUUGAUCUUUAUGUUAGUGCGAUGAAAGGGUUAGAGGAAAGACAGUUUGAAACACUGAUGGCGGCGGGAAAAGCGAUAGCGAGUUUUCCCCAGUGUUUUUUGGAAUGGGAGCCAUUUGAAAGAGAUUGUUGUAUACUCUGCAAGGAAUUUUGGUUGCCUUUAUAUAAUCAACGAGGAUCCUAUGAUCAACCU